AUGAGCUAUCAGUCGGCCAACAAGGCCAUACGCUCUGAGAAUGGACCGCGACCAAGCGACCGGACAGCAGUCGGAGCACGAUUCUGGCUCGGAAUCACGUCGCAGGAAAAGGCCCAUAGCAAAGGCCGCCAUGGCCUGCGACAGGUGCAGGCUGAAGAAAAUCAAGUGCCUCGUCGGUCGGCCAAAGACAAGGUGCAGCAGCUUCAACAACAGUUGGACCGAGCCAAUCAUCUUCUUCGAGCUUCCGGCAUCGCCCAAGAGCCACCCUCGCCCUCUCACUCGCACCGCCCAUCUCCCCGCUCCCUCUCGAGUAUUGAAGCAGAAGACGCCAGUCGGUUGAAUACUGUAGUACCAGGCACGUCGACUACCCCCACCAUUUCAGAUAUCAACUAUCCCGGCCCAAUUCAGAGCGAUGGAAAUUUAUCCAAUCCACCACCCCUUGAUCACAACCAACCUGGAAUCAACCACUCUGAUCCCAGCUAUGAUACCUUCUCCAAACAAGCUUGCCCCCACCCUCACCCUCACCUCACCCUCACGAGCACAUUGGCAAUUGAUGACGAUGACAUAGAUUGCGAGCUUCCUACCGUAGCACCUGAUGGAAACCCCAACAUUCUGGCGUUCAUGCGGUGCGCUAUUCAGCAUGCUCAGAUAUCCUCGGCCAUUCUCGAAGGCUUGAUGACCACCAAGGCUCGGCGACAGCCUCUGCAACAAAUCGCGAAGACAGUGCACCAGUACGAUCAGCAGUUGCGAACGUGGUAUAACAACGUUCCCUUCGCGUUCAGAACCAAGACUGGCAGUGAUCUUCGCGCGCAGGCCCCCUUGGGCUUGCACAUCAACCAUCUGAUUGCCAUUUAA